AUGAGGAGCACGCUGCUGGCCCUCGCCGCGCUCGCCCUCCUGGCUGCAGCACACCAAGCCCACGGGGAGGGAAACGCCGUGAAGCUCUGCGGGAGAGACUUUGUCAGAGCCAUCGUUUUCACCUGCGGUGGCUCUCGGUGGAAAAGGGACUUGGCCGAUUACCAAUACCUGUUCGCUUCUAAUUUUUAUGCAACAGAGAGUGAAAAUCCCCUGCCCUUCUCUGAGGAGAGCAACGGUUAUGCAGAUCCCUUGACAUACACGGACAGGAGGCUGGGGACUGACAGCGAGGAAAUCCUUAACAUCAUGCCCGAGACAAAGCGAGACUUACAGCGCACCAGGAAAAUGUCGAUGCUGAGAAAGCGCGAAGUAGCCAAGUUGCUCACCACAUCCUGCUGCAGCGUCGGCUGCAGCGAGAGAGAUAUAAGCUCGCUGUGCUAA